UUAACCUCCGUUUCAUUUUCCUUUCUUUUCUGUUUUUCCGCCUGCACGAACCUUCCCCUCUUCUCUGAAAAGUAUUGAGAAACAGACUCUUUCAUCAUUGACCUCCCUCUCCUUUCCUUCCUUACAAAAUUAUAUUUCAGGAUAGAAAAGUGAAAAGAAAUCAAUAUUAGAAAAAUAAAGAAAUAGCAAGGAUGGAUGAGAAGAAGGGAGAAAUGAGACCCAAUCAUCAACCACCACCAGCAGCAGGUGGCUCCUCCUCAUCAGCCAAUAGGAACCGUCCACGUAGACGAGCCAACCUAACCCUACCUCUUCCUCAACGUGACCCAUCUCUUGCCGUCCCUCUUCCGCUUCCUCCAACCACCAACUCCGCUCCAUCAACCGCCUCCAACGUUAACGCAACAGCUCACCAAGUCAACUUCUCGGAACUCGACCGGGUCAACCGAAUAGGAAGGGGCACGGGAGGCACCGUUUACAAAGUUGUCCACCGCCCUUCGUCUCGCCCUUAUGCCCUCAAAGUCAUCUAUGGAAACCAUGAAGAAUCCGUCCGCCGUCAGAUCCGUAGGGAGAUCGAGAUCCUCCGUGACGUGGAUCACCCCAACGUCGUCAAAUGCCACGAAAUGUACGAUCACAACGGCGAAAUCCAGGUCCUUUUGGAAUUCAUGGACGGCGGAUCCUUAGAAGGGACCCACAUAUCUCAGGAGUCUAACUUAUCAGAUCUAGCCCGACAAAUCCUCAGCGGUCUAAGCUACCUUCACCGGCGACACAUCGUUCACCGCGACAUAAAACCCUCGAAUCUGUUAAUCAAUUCGAAGAAGAAGGUGAAAAUAGCUGAUUUCGGGGUGAGCCGAAUCUUAGAUCAAACCAUGGACCCAUGUAAUUCAUCGGUGGGGACCAUAGCUUACAUGAGUCCCGAAAGGAUUAACACUGAUUUGAACCAUGGGCUCUACGAUGGUUACGCUGGGGAUAUUUGGAGUUUAGGGGUUAGCAUAUUGGAAUUUUAUUUAGGAAGGUUUCCUUUUGCGGUUGGGAGACAAGGGGAUUGGGCCAGUCUUAUGUGUGCGAUUUGUAUGUCUCAGCCACCGGAGGCGCCGCCCAGUGCUUCCUAUGAGUUUAGGCAUUUUAUAUCGUGUUGUUUGCAGAGGGAACCGGCGAGGAGAUGGACGGCGGCUCGGUUGUUGCAGCAUCCUUUUAUAGUCAGAGGACAACAUCAGGUUGCUCAAAAUCUACAUCAGUUAUUGCCGCCUCCACCUCUUUCUUCUUAGUAGUGUUUGUUUGUUUUCUUCUUUUAUGAAAAAAAAAAAUUUUCUUCUGUAAGUUUUCAUAAAAUGAGGGGUUGGGGGCAAUGUUUUUCCUUCAUUUUUCUUUCAUUUUUCAGUUAAUCAAUCUUGGUCCUUUUAUAAAAGAUAAUCUUUACAAAUUACAGUAUUAGAAAGAAGAAGAAGAAAAAAAAAAAAAAAACUCUGUUAUGACUGGCCUUCCCUGGUUUUGUUUAUUGUUUAUCGUGAUUUUCGUCAGUUUGCUUACAGGCUCUUUAAAUUCUAUUAUUAUUUGCAAGAGUUGCAAUGCAGUUUAGGGGGUUUAGUUAAAAUUUUUGGAAAUGGCUUGAUGAUGUGUAGAUCGAUCUAGAGAAAGUUUAGAUUUAGCCUUGGUAAAGAAUUGUACUAAUCAGAAAAGGGAACGGACGCCUUAUAUUUGUCUGCCUAUUAUCUAUCCUGGAGACCGGAGCACAGGGGUAAAUAUAAAAGGGAAAGUUCCAUAUCUUGGUUUGGAUGCAUAUUAUUCUUUGGAAUUGUUGUGUUGUUUGUUUGGUUACUUUUUUUUUUUCUUUUUUCUGUUGCAAAAAUUGUGCAUCAGUGUACCCGUCUUUUUUGUGAGGACAUUCUUAUUAUACGUCUUGUAAUAGCUGUCUAGGCAAAUGGGAAACCAGGGAUUAUUGGGUGGAAUAUCAGGUUUGUCUUCACCAUUGUUGUUAAUGAUUUUUAAGCUUGUUUCACUUCUGCAAAAAUAUGCUAGGUUUUUUCGCUCACUAUUAGAUUGUCUAAUUGCUAGUUCCUCCGUUGGCCUUUAUUUUUAGCUUUUAUUACUUCACAUGGAAAGUAUCCAUCUGAUUCAAAAGAGUAGAACUUGCAUCAGUAUCUCAAUUUCAAUUCAAACAUGGGUUUGAUUCACACUCCUUGUUAUGGGUUUGAUUCACGCUCCAUGUUAUGAGCAAUAUUUAUAAGAAAAACGGUAAAAACGCGAGUCUUUAUAUAAAGAAAUGCAUUGAGAAAGGGUGGAUGUAUAAAACCUUUCAUCGAGAUGGUGCUCUUUCAACUCUCAAAAACGGAGUUUAUUCAAAACAUGAAUGUCAUGCUUCCUUCGACGGAUGCCAAUAUCUAAAUUUGAUAUUUUUAGAUACUUUUUCAGACCUAUUAUUUUGUUUUUUUGGCUUUUAUUACUUU